CUGGGCACUUUGUUUGUGCAGUUGUUAGGUCUUUGCUCGAUCGCGCCGAGGUGAUUUUUUUGUCUCAUCUCAACUCACUUCUUGUCCGAGCUGCGGGUCGAGGUGUGGAUCGUGUCAGCGCAGCAGCAGCAGCAACAGCUCUUGGCUAGGCCUGAAUCCACCUCGCAAUCACUUAUGGACUUUGAAAAACAAGCCUAGCACUCUCCAGAAUAGUGUGUGAAUGGAGCAGUGUGCGAGUACGGCCUCCCUGCUGGCCUCGGUGCGGGAGCAGGAGAGGCAGUUUGAGAUGCUGAGCCGAGCUCUGGAGGAGGAGCGGAGGUCGUGUGCCGGCACCCUGCCCCGCCCCCUCCCCAACAUGCAGAACGGCCGCAUUACUUGUGAUGCAGACAUAGAGAGGCUGACACUGAACGAGGGUUAUAUCAACGGGACACAUCACUUCAGGAUGGAGCCUGGCCAGGUGGUGCAGGAGACAUACACAGUGGAGGAAGAUCCUCAGGAGGCACCACCUGUUGUCUCUGUGGAGACCAGUGAAGAUGGGACCACACGGCGCACAGAAACUACGGUAAAGAAAGUAGUAAAGACCACCACCACUCGCACAGUCAUCCCCUCUGUGUCAGACACACUUUCCCUGGAUGGUGGGGGUUCAGUGACCGGUAUGGGGGGCUACACUGCACCCAUGGUCUACAGACCGGGACCUGGAGGGGGUGUGCCCAUGGACUACCCCACUCGCACUGUGCCUCGCAACUACCACUACGGACCACCAGGGAGUUACGAGGAGUACCGCACUGGACCCCCAUCUGAGACCUAUGCGAGCCUUAGCAGGGGAACUCACAUGGAUAAUCGCUACAGACAAGUCCAUCCAGAUGGUUACAGUACCCUGGAUCCAAGCUACAGAGCCCCCAGCCGGAACCAACUGGACCCCUAUGCGGCUCAGCCACAGGUUGGGCGUAUGGGAAGUGCCAUGGAGCUGUCCUCCAUUCCGAGGUUUGUCCCAGAACCAUACGGUCUGGAGGAUGAUCAGCACAGCAUGGGCUAUGAUGAGCCUGACUAUGGCAUGGGACACCCAGUACACUAUGGCACUGUACCCCGCAACCACCAUGCAUUCCCACAUGGGCCCCCACGCAGGACUGGGAGUUACGAGGGCACCUUAGAUGGCGACAUGAGCGGUCCAGGAGACAUGUACUACUGGGGAGGAGGAGCACCACUGGCCCAAGGUGAAAGAGGUAGCAUGGCUUCAUUGGACAGCACUCUUAGGAAAGUUCCUGGCCCCGGUGGCUGGCGUCAACCAGAAUUGCCAGAGGUUAUUGCCAUGCUCAACUACAGGCUGGACCCCGUCAGGAGCAACGCAGCUGCAUACCUACAGCACCUCACAUAUAAGAAUGAUAAAGUGAAGUCUGAUGUGCGUCGGCUGAAAGGCAUCCCAGCGCUGGUCGGUAUGCUUGACAUCCCAAACAAAGAGGUUCAGUAUGCAGCCUGUGGAGCAUUAAAGAACAUCUCGUAUGGCAAAGAUCCAGACAACAAGAUCGCCAUCAAGAACUGUGAUGGAGUGCCUGCUCUGAUCAGGCUGCUGAGGAAGACUCAUGACCAGGACCUCACUGACACCAUCACAGGUACACUGUGGAACCUGUCAUCUCAUGACUCUGUGAAAAUGGAGAUUGUGGACCAUGCACUGCACGCCCUUUCUGACGAGGUAAUGGUGCCCCAUUCUGGCUGGGAGAGAGGGAGCAACGGAGCAGGAGGAGGGGAGGAGAACUGCAAGCCGAGGCAUCUUGAGUGGGAGACGGCCCUCACAAACACAGCAGGCUGCCUGAGAAAUGUGAGCUCAGAGCGAAGUGAGGCAAGGAGGAAGCUGAGGGAGUGCACAGGAUUGGUUGAUUCGCUCAUGUACAUUGUCCAGUCCCAGAUUGAUUGUAAAGAUGUCGACAAUAAGUUGAUAGAGAACAGCGUGUGUCUGCUGAGGAACUUGUCCUAUCAGGUGCAUCGUGAAAUCCCCGGCUGUGAGCGCUACCAGGAGGCCGUGCCCAUCAACCAGGGCCCCGCCCCCUCCAGCCAGAAGAGCGGCUGCUUCAGCUCCCGCAAGAGCAAAGAUGAGUGGUUUUCCAAAGGUAAGAAAGAUGAGGAUGCAGCUGCAGACGUAAUAGACAUUCCAAAGAGGACCACACCUGCUAAAGGCUAUGAGCUGUUGUACCAGCCAGAGGUGGUCCGCAUCUACACUUCUCUGCUAAAGGAGUCCAAGAACCCCACUGUGCUGGAAGCCUCCGCUGGAGCUGUUCAGAACCUGUGUGCCGGGCGCUGGACUUAUGGGAGAUACAUCCGUGCCUUGCUGCGCCAGGAGAAGGGUCUACCCAUGAUGACUGAGCUACUGGCCCAUGGCAACGAUCGCGUUGUCCGCGCCAUGUCUGGAGCCCUCCGCAACCUUGCCAUUGAUGCACGCAACAGAGAUCUGCUAGGUAAACAUGCAGUGCCUCACCUGGUGGCCAACCUGCCUGGCGGUGGUCAGAGUCAGCCGGUGCGAGCGCUGUCAGAAGAAACGGUGGUAUCGGUAUUGAGCACACUCCAUGAGGUGUUGGGCUCCAGCCUGGAUGCAGCCAAGACCCUCAGGGCCUCACAGGGAAUCGAGAGACUGGUGCUCAUUAACAAGGAUGGUAAUCGUUCUGAGCGGGAGGUGCGUGGGGCUGGCCUGGUGCUGCAGACAGUGUGGGGCUACAAGGAGCUGCGGCGCACUUUAGAGAAGGACGGCUGGAAGAAGACUGACUUCAUGGUCAACCUAAACCCUCCUAGCAGCAACACGAGGGCCAAUGGAGGAUAUGAGGACAGCACUCUGCCACUCAUAGACAAAGGGGGCAAAGAGGACCGGGAAAUGAUUCCAAUGAAUGACUUGGGACCAGAUGCAUACUCCACACUGGACCAGAGAGGGAGAAGGAACACUCUGGAUAACACACUCGAACCUGCUGACAAAGAUGCAGUACAGGGAGGGAUGUAUGGGGAGAGGCAGGCCUCUUUGCCUCUAAUGGAUUCUUACGAUGAAAAACUGAUUGUGUGCAUCACAAGACGACAGCCUCCUCCCACCUACUGCCCUUGCUAAACUGACAAUGGGGGACCACUACACUACCGAUGGGACUAAACUCCAUCCUUUACGCUCAACUCUUCUGUCCCUCUUUACUCAUUUGCAGCUUUUCUUUCCCCUGUUUCUCCUUGUGACAUUCCUCCAUAGCAGCUGACAAAUGAAUGAAACCACACAGAAUAACCGACGUGGAUCUACGCUCCCUGUGGACAACUGGACGAGACACUAAGACCACUUUGUGCUCUGCAAGCCCCUGAACUUCAAAAUGCUAACCACUUAAUCAGAUACCACGGCCACAACACUACAUAUCUACACUACACUAUAUAACACUACAGCCUGCCUGGACAACACUAAGUCUCUCCUGGGCAAAAAGCAGAGACUGUGGCUUCAACAUUUCUAUUUCUUGGAGGUCGGAGCGUAGUCUUAGAAUAAUUAAGCUCAUUAGAAAGAACUGUGGGAUCAGAACAAGACACUUGUGGUGAAAUUUUACAUAAAUGGCUAUUACACUGUUUUCAAGAAAUCAAGGAAAUGUGUCUUUUUCUCUCUCUGAUGGUUAAAUACUAGAACAUUUUUUUUCCUACCACUGAGAACCAAUGUUGAAUGAUCUAAUCAGAUAUGUGUAAAGCUUCUGCUUCUGUUUUAGUAGUGGUUGUUCCUCUUCUUGCCUUGCUCUGUACCACAGUAAUGGACAUGUGCCAAAUGACACUGCUACUGCUGCGACUGUCAAACGCAAGAAGUUCAGACACUCAGACUUUUACUGCAGCUACACUGAAAACUGUCAUCUGCUUUGUUUUGUGUGCAGCUUGUGUCGAUGACAGUCCAUCGCCAAGAUGCAUGGGGAUUCAGCCUUUUCUCUAUUUGAUUGUGAUCCAUAGACAUAAAGGGGUGGAGGUCCCUUUAUAGAUAUUCCUACAGAGGAGACAAAUUCUUUUCCAUCUCCUGGAAUGGACAGUAUAGUAUAUGUUUCUAAAGUGAUGUUUCUGUUAAAUGUAAGCACCAUAACUUUGUAAUUCUUGGAAGAUAUCACAGGAUUCAUGGGGGGCAUUUUCUUGUGUCUGCAGGUCUGUAAUCUUAUGAAUGUAAAUACAAGACUGUCUGUAAAUGCAUGUGUGUGGGCUAACUGGAGUGCCUCACUCAUUCAUAGGUCUGAUGGGUGUGCCCAACAUGACAUGGGUAACAAAUCAAGGUGUGUUUUUCGGGGAAUACUGUAUAUGGAAUUCAUCAGUUUUCUAUUCUGCAAAAUAAUGGAAUAUGUGAACCUGUAUGUAUGUAAGAGUUGAUUUGUGUUAUUGGAAUGAUUUUUACAGGUAUAAGACUCCUGAGUUCUGUAUAAUUUACGGCUCCACAAACCCACAGCCUGUUUGGCUUUAAGACAACAGAUCACUACAUGGGAGAUGUUUCUGCCCUCAUUUCUUACGUACAGUGCUUGUUCUGUAGAAGAUGGCAUACCGGUAUUCUUAGUGCCGAGUGAGAUGUAGAUACUUACUGACUGGAUGAUUAAAAGAAGCACUAGGGGGCA